CCCGUGCUAUCCGAGUCCAUAAUGGGCACGGUCGGCCGCCUGCCCUGCAACGUCACCCCGCCCAUUUACGAGGAUCGAGUGGCGCUGGUCAUCUGGUACAAAGUUGGCCUGAAGACUCCCAUUUACAGUGUGGACACACGCGACUCGAACUUCGCCCAGGGAACGCACUGGUCGGAUGAGACCUACCGGGAGCGGCUCUCCUUCCACGUGGAAGGACGUGCUGGCACGCUGACCAUCAAGUCCACCACGGAGGACGACACGGGCGAGUAUCGCUGCCGCGUCGACUUCCAGAAGAGUCCGACUCGCAACUCCAAAGUGAAUUUAACUGUCAUAAUUCCGCCCGAGUCGGUGAUUAUAUUGGACAGCAAGGGUGUGACCAUCGAGGAUCACACGCUGGGUCCUUACAACGAGGGCUCUGGGAUAAACAUCACGUGCGUGGCCAUCGGCGGUCGGCCGCAGCCGAGGGUCACCUGGCUGCACGGCAACACCGUCUACAAGAACGCCAGUGUGGGCCAACCCCUGUCCGAGCGGCGGGUGGGCAAUACCCUGUCCCUGCCGCGGCUGGAGCGCCGGAAUCUUCACAUGCAGCUAACGUGCCGGGCGGAGAACAAUAAUUUGACAACGCCAAUUAUCAGCAGCGUCGUCCUGGACAUGAACCUGCGUCCCUUGAUUGUGAAGCUGCAGGGGGAGAAUCGAGCUCUGUCGGCGGGCAAUUCUUAUCAGCUCAGCUGCGUUGUCAUCGGAGCACGUCCAGCGCCGACGAUUACCUGGUGGAAGGGCAGCACCCCCAUGAAGAAUACUCAUGAGAUUGCUACACCGGACGGAAAUCUUACCACCUCGGUGCUGACAUUCACGCCCACCAUCGAGGACCGCGGCAAGUUCCUCUCGUGCCGCGCGGAGCAGAGCAUGAUACCCGAGUCCGGCAUGGAGGAUGGCUGGAAAUUGGACAUUUAUCACAUACCGGUGGUGAGUCUGGAACUGGGAACCAAUUCGCUGAACUCCACUCUGCGCGAGGGAAUCGAUGUCUUCUUCGAGUGCAACAUCAAAUCGAAUCCUUGGAUAUACGAAGUUAGCUGGCGGCACAAUGGCAAGAUCCUAACCAACAACCCAGCCGAAGGCAUCGCCGUCUCCAACCAGAGUCUGGUGCUCCAAAACGCCAGCCGGGCGAGAAGUGGCAUCUACACCUGUGUGGGCAGCAAUCGGGAGGGCGACGGCGAGAGCAAUCCCGUCCAGCUGGACAUACGCUUUGCUCCUGUUUGCCGACCUCGCCAGCGAAUCUCCUACAGCUCGGGCCGACAUGAAACCGUCAAGGUGGCCUGUGAAAUUGAUGCCAACCCCGCGGAGGCCACCUACGUUUGGAAAUUCAAUGCAACUCAGGGCGAAACAGUUGACAUACCGGCUUCGCAAGUGGCCGUGGAUCGGGGCCGGAGUAUUGCCCAUUACACGCCCAUGACGGAGAAUGACUACGGAACGCUGCUCUGCUGGGCCACCAACGAAAUUGGCGAUCAAAGUGAACCCUGCGUAUACACAAUAUUCCCAGCAGGCGAGCCGGAUCCGUUGCUAAACUGCACGGUGCUCAACCAGACAUCCACGGGCUUCCAAAUCGAAUGCAUUGAGGGCUUCAAUGGCGGCCUGCAGCAGGACUUUAUAAUGGAGGUUUACAUGAACGGAACGACACGACAUCCCAAAAUUUCAAAAUCAAAGCGACCGUACUUUGAGGUAAGCGGACUGGUGCCCGGCAUGGGCUACAAUGUCUUCCUCAUCGCCAACAACAGCAAGGGCCGUAGCAACGCCACUAUUUUGCAGGUCUACACGCUGAAGGAUCCGGAGAAGCAGACGGUUAAAAUAACAUUCACUAAGUCCUUCCAAGGACUUAGGCCUGCCUAUCCCAAAUCAAAAUCAAAAGCGACAGCGACCACGACCAGCGACUGCGUUUGCGAUGAGGAUGAGUUCCUAGAUCUGGGCAAGGGAAUUAGCCACGACGAGGGCACGGACGCUGACCAGCAAGAAGACCUCUCGUUGGCCUAUGCCCCCGUCAUCGAGGACAUCCGGCCGUUCCUCGGCAUUCUGGCCGGCAUCGUGGGCAGCAUUUUCCUGGUGGCCCUCAUCAUUGUGAUUGUGGUGCGUGUGCGCGGCUCUUCGGGGCGCGAUCGCAAUAAUUACUCGCAUCCGGGAAGCGGCGUCGGCGGCGUGGGCGGCGUGGGCGGCACCACCGGCAACGGCGGUGGGCUGGGCGGCGGUGGCGGCGUCGGCGGAGUGGGCGGCACCACGGCCAACGGGAACGGCAGUCUGGGCCUGCUGGCGAGCAACAACAAUGGCAGCCUCGUCAUCGGCACGCUGGGCCACAAUGGCGGGCAAUCAGUGCAGGAUAUGCAUCGCAUCGGCCGGGAGACGUGCCAUGUGACGAGCAGUCUGGACAGCAUCGACAAGAAUCCGGACAUCAUACCGCAAGACGGACACGACCUGGACGAUGAGUGGACGACAAAGGGUCAUGGUCGCACUUACGCCACGGCGGCGUUGGCCGAGCAGAAUGCCGUGAUAACCUCCGGCACCUAUGAUCACCUGAUGCCCACGUACGCGGUGGUCGACAAGAAGACAGCGCCGCCUCCCGGCCAUGGCCAGUACAUCCAGUAUAAUACACUCAUUCCCGUUAGCAAAAUGGGUGCUUAUGCCAAUCAACAGCAGCAGCUGCAGCAGCAGCCGCAACAGAAGACUGAGCUCAGCUAUAGCGAACUAAGCGCUCCUCUGGUCAGCGGCCCGGUGGGCGUCCAGCGGAUGGCCCCCUACUGCAGCGCGACCUUGGGACGGCCGGGCAGGCAGGCGGAACUUAAGCGGGCGGAGCCCAACAUCUACUCGCAGAUCGAUCUGGCACAUCAUCCCAUGCCCAUGUACUCAACGAGCCCGAUGUUUGGCACGAACAGCACCAUCACCGGAGUCACCAUGUCGCAUCCAUCACAAUUGGCCACCUUCUCGCCGACGCCGCCGCCGCCCAUCUUCACCCACAGCAUGGUGACCACUGGCGAUGGGCUCCUGCAGCCGGUGACGUGCAUGGGCCUGGUGGCAACAUCUUCGGCAGGGGCAUCGGUUCCUGGCCCGCUUCCACUGCCCCCGCAGCAGCAACAGCAUCAGCAUCAGCAUCAGCAACAGCAGCAGCAGCAGCAGCAGCUGACAGCGGCCAAUGGCGGAAACGGAAGCAUCGUCGGCAUGGGCAUGAGCCUUUAUGGCAGCGAUGUGGGCAAGCCCCAGCUGCUGAAGACCGUGCCGGAGGAGGUGCACCAUCAGCUGAACGGAGAGGACAUCCUGAUCGCCCAGGAUCGCAAUCUCGGAUCGGGAACUCGCUUCUGACGCUAAACUGUGGGUCGGGAGGAGCAACUAAUCUGAAGUCAGAGCCAAACAGGGAAUGCAAAUCAAAAGCGAGAACUAUGAGAAACUACAGAAAAAUCGGGGAAUAAUUGGUAAACAAAUUGACUAUAAGUUGUAUGUGAUGAGCCAGAAAAACCGCAAUUGAGUUGAUUUUAAAGCAGAGGAGAGCUGCCUUAGCUAGCACUCUUUUAAGAAAGCAAAUAACAUUAUACGAUGAUACCAAAUGGAAGGCAAACCCUGUAAAAAGAUAACAAUAAACUGUGCAUGUAAAUUGUUCGAGGCAAACGAGAAGCUCAGCAAAAAUCCAUUAAGCCUAAGAAGACGUGUAAAUUACGGAAUACAAUUAACACUUAUAGCUAUAAUUGGAACUAACAUUAAAUCGAAUUGUUAAUAUAUUUUUAAACAACAGCUUUAAGCGCCAAAAGAGAAACAUAAACUUUUAGCUAAGUAAACGAAUUCAUAAUUGUUGUUGACCUUAGUUCGAGUAACCUAACUCCCAUUAACAUUUAGCUUGUAACUUGAGCGUAACUAAGGCAUUUACAACAUCUAAAUCAAAUUCAUCUAGCUUUAAGCUCCAACUUAGCAUAGUUCAAAUUGUAAUAAAAAGAUCAUAAAGAAUUUAAUGAAACACUAAUCCUAAGGUAACCGAUUAAUGAAGGAUUCAUAAACGACUUAAAUUAGCAAAUCCAGUUUGCAUUUUAUACGUAACAAACUACGAGAAAGGAAAUCCGAACAGGUUUGCGAAGAAGCAUACAAAUCCCUGGGAAAGUAAAAUUCUAGUCUAAGGAGAAAUGCAUAACAUAAUAAAAUUAA